AUGGGCCUCACGGUCCAGAAGGCCACCCUGGCGGACAUUGUGGAGCAGCUGCAGGAGAAAGAGACAGGCCCAGGGCUUCCUGUUGGGCCGUCGCUGCCUCAGCCUCGCGAGCUUCCCCCCGGCCGCCUGCCCAACGGGCUUGAGCCGCCGGAGCGGACACCUCGGCCGGACCGGCCGCGGGCGCGCGACCGGCCCAAGCCGCGACGGCGGCCGCGGCCGCGAGAGGGUGGUGAGGGCGGGGGAAGCCGGCGCUCGCGCUCCGCCCCGGCCCAGGGCGGCUCCGCCCCCGCGCCUCCGCCACCGCCCACUCACACAGUGCAGCACGAGGGCUUCCUGCUGCGCAAGCGCGAGCUCGACGCUAAUCAUGGAGCUGACGAGGGGUGGGAGCUAAACUUCAGGGCGUCCAACCGGUGGCGGGGGUGUGCGGGGCCUGACUGGCGAGGCUUAACCUCUAGAAAUGAACUGGAGGAGCGGGGCCUGAGGUCGUGGGUGAGCCUGUACUGUGUGCUCAGCAAGGGGGAGCUGGGCUUCUACAAGGACGCCAAGGGCCCAUCAUCUGGGGGCACACACAGUGGGGAGCCGCUGCUCAGCCUGCACAAAGCCACCAGCGAGGUGGCUAGUGACUACAAAAAAAAGAAGCAUGUCUUCAAACUCCAGACCCAGGAUGGCAGCGAGUUUUUGCUCCAGGCUAAAGAUGAGGAGGAGAUGAAUGGCUGGCUGGAGGCUGUGGCUGCCUCAGUCGGGGAACACGCUGAGAUUGCCCGCUGGGGCCAGACACUACCCACCACCUCGUCCACAGACGAGGGCAACCCCAAGCGGGAAGCUGGGGACCGCAGGGCCAGCGGGCGACGGAAGUGACUUCCCGCGAGGCCCGACACACCUCUCCGCCCUUCCUCUGCACUGUGGGCACAAAGACACUUUCUCUUGCGCAGGGGCGGGAACCCCUAGUUCCACCAACACUGCGGAUGCGCCAUGACGGGCAUUGGAAAGGAGGGGACUUCUCCUGCACCCCAAGAAGUGGUGGGGGGAUUGCUGCCCCUAUAGCCAUAUCUCGGCCCCUUCCUGCUCACCACCCCUACCCCAGGUGCUGGGGCCCCAUUAUUUUUAUGCAAUAACUGAGUUGAGGGGGUGGGUAAGGGGCCAGUUGAGCCAAGCCCCCUGCCCAUCCCCAGAUUCUGCCCCAAGAAGCUGGGGUGGUAGGGGCGAUAAUUUCUGCCCCCCUCUCCACCCUAAGGAUGGGCACGGGGGCGCUGGUGAGGUCCCCUGGACCAUCCAGGGUGCUAGGGGGUGGGGAGGGGACGCCCCCUCCCCGCCUUUACCUCACUUCCAAUGCUGCCUUGAUCUCUGUCUGGGAAGGGGGAGUGAAGGGGUCCUAGUCCCCACACUCCGCCGUCUCAGAGCCAUGCGAUAAAUUCCUGACUUAGUUUAUUUUUGCAAAACGUCGACCUCCUCCUCCCCCGCCCCGCAUCAGCGAAGGCUUUUAAUGGGAGGGACGUCAAAGCUCAAAACUGUCUUCCUCUCUCCUCCCCCCUCCAGUUGUAAAUGCCACUUCGUGAGGGGAGGGGCGAGGGGAAGCCCUCCCCCUGCAUGCUUCUGGCUGGAGCACCUCCCUGGGGAGUGGGGGAACCGGGUUGUGAGCAGCCCCCAUGGCCGCCAGGAGAAGUCGCCGGGGCCUGGGGGUGUGGAGCGGUGUGGCAGGCGCGCACACUGUAUGUACCUAUAAUAAAACCUUGGCUUUGACGGUC